AUGGAUUUGGCAAAGACCAAUGAUUUACUUCGUAGCGGAAUACUUGAAGUCAUACAUCUUGAGUUCAGGGCAGUUACCGUAUUAUUUGCUUGUAUUGAAAACGUUAGUACAGCUUUUACAUUCAACUACCAUGAGCGCCUCUUGGAGCUUGUUAUGCGUAUCUCUCUAGCAGCCAUUGAGCAGCAAAUCUCUCGUAUUCUGAUUGGACGGCGAGUCGCUUGA